CUUGCUGGAGGCGGUGGGUUGGUUUGCUUGCUUCAAGUCGCGGGAGAAAGAGCGCCCACGUACUGCGUUGAUAAGGGCCGGAAGGCGGCGUGCGUCUCCGUAGUGUGACAGCGGUGUGGAUGACCUCUCCUGGCCGGGCCCAUCCGAGUCGCGUGUUUCUGUGAACCUGCACCAACCGGGACUGUUGAUGGAGGCCGGGAAGAGGGAACUCGGUGCCCAGAUUCAAGCUUUUCGUGAGACCAAUACAUAGGGGUUUUUCUUUUCUGUGUAAAGCAGGAAAGAAGCCAACAUUCAUCAAACAACAGGUGGCGAAUACUUAUUCUGCUGGGAAACAGAAGAGUACUUCUUGAGUAAAAAGUAUGCCUCCCAAGUUCAAGCGCCACCUAAAUGAUGAUGAUGUCACUGGUUCUGUGAAAAGUGAAAGGAGAAAUCUUCUGGAAGAUGAUUCAGAUGAAGAAGAAGACUUUUUUCUAAGGGGACCAUCUGGACCAAGAUUUGGACCUAGAAAUGAUAAAAUUAAGCAUGUUCAGAAUCAGGUGGAUGAAGUUAUUGAUGUCAUGCAAGAAAAUAUUACAAAGGUAAUUGAAAGAGGGGAGAGACUAGAUGAACUACAGGACAAAUCAGAAAGCUUAUCGGAUAAUGCAACUGCUUUUAGCAACAGAUCCAAACAACUUCGAAGGCAAAUGUGGUGGCGUGGAUGCAAAAUAAAAGCCAUCAUGGCUUUGGUUGCUGUUAUCCUUUUGCUAGUGAUUAUCAUUCUUACAGUCUUGAAAUACCGCGCUUGAUUUGGUGACAGAGAUCUUCAUUACACAAAAUCUGGGACAACAAUAAUAAAAGAUUGCUGCAUAAUUUAAAUGAAACCUAUGUAUAUAACUUUCAAAACUUCUUUUUCAAGAAACGAAGAGGCAAGUAUCACUUCAAAUUGGAGCAUUGCGAAUGUCUAGUUAUCUUCUUCCCUUCUAACAAAGUGUGUUUUAAAAAAUUAUGUUUAAGGCAGAUAACCAGCCUCUGUUUUGCCAUAUUCCAAGGAUCUAAUUUGAAACUAGAUACUUGCCAGUUCAUUAUUUGUAUAUUAGUUAAACAGUGACCACAAUAUUUCAUACUGUUAUUAUAAGGACUUACAUUAUUGCAUCAACAUGGGGAUCAGACUGGGAGUCCAGAAGCCUGUGUAGAGUACCAAAACAUGCUAAAAACCAUACAUAGCCAUUCCAUUAAUAUUUGCAAGAUUCUUCUCACAUUACAGUUACUUUGCAAGCAAUUUCCACAUGUUUAUGGGUGUAACAAAAGCUAAAUGUUGUAAAUGUUCCUGCCUUCAGCUAUAACUAAAACAUUCCAGUAAACCUAUUUUUGACUGUAUAAGGGAAUGUGUAGUAAUUUUUUGGCAUAUGGAUUAUGGAAAUGGAAAAAUCUAAACAAUAUGAAAAGCAUAGUGUGGCACCAUAAAACUGGAGAUAAUAAAAUUAUUGGAGAACAUCACUGGAGUGUUUGAAAGUGAACAGCAUGGUCCAGUCUAUUUCCAGUUAGCUUCCAAUAAGAAGGGACCUAAUGUGAGUAAAUGAAAUCCACAGGUAACUUAUCCUCUAAUUUUAUUUUGAUACCUUCCCUCUUUAGCUUCAACUAUCCCUCUCCCAGAAGUGCUAAAAGUAGCAAAAUCAUCUGUUUGGAAUUUGCUAUUUUUGUAUUCCCUGAUCAUCCCUGAGAGGUGCAUGUUGUACAAUCAGGUGUCAAAUUAGCCAACAAUAAUGAGUCUAAAAAGUCAGGAGAUAAUCAUCCAUCAGUCAGUAACCAAAUAGCUAGAGUGGCCAUUAACCUAAGUCUAUUUUUACAGCAAUAAAAUAUAUUGUUAACUUUAAAAUGUGCCAACCUCCUUGUGUUGUUUAAACAAGUCAAAGCAAAAAUACAUAGUGCUCAAAUGUCUUCAAGAAAGAAGCUUUAUAAUAAAAUUGGAGGUCCUACAGAAACUUGUGCACAUGAAUAUGUUGACUAUAUAUACAUAUAUAACUGAAAUUGAAAUAGGGUAAAUAGAAGAACCAGUAUUUAAAUAGGAAAGAAAUAUGGUCCUGUAUAGUUUUCUUUCUUUGGUUAUUUUAAUUCAGAACAUAUGAAACAUAGAAUCCAUUUUUUUUAAAUCUAUAGGAUUAGUACUAAGAAGCAGAACUGUUAUGUUUAAAUGGAAAGAAAUAGGAAGGGAUAAAGCAUAUUAGGAUAUACUCAAGAUACCUGCAAGUUACGAAGAUCUAAAUCGCUAAAUUUUAUAGUCUGAUAACAUUUAAAAAAAGACAAAGGUCUUACAUACUAUGGGGUAUCAUCACUGGUCUUGCUACUCUUUGUAAAUGUCAAUUAAUGUAAAUAACAUAAUAAAUACUAAAUCCUUUGACAAAGUAAGAUGCCCAUGAGAAUGAGUAUUUUUAGGAUUUCAGUAGCUAAUACAGUUCAGGAAUGGAAAGGUUUUAACAUAAUGAACAGAAUCAGUCCUAACAUAUGUAUGUAUGUCUCUUAUUUGGGAUUGGAACCAGAUUCAUCAGUGGUUAAUUUUCCAUUGGUUGGUGUGGAAUCUGGUUUCUCCAUGAUAGCAGUGAAGAUUAUUUCUCAAAAAGAAUCCACAUUUCUAGUGUUUUCUUUUAAGAAAGUAUGCCACUCUUAAAUAUAAAAAAUUAAAUUAUUUUUUAAAAUUUUAACCAUAAAAAUGAAAUAUUUAUAUGACAAUAUCAUAUAUAUGUAAUUCUCUUUGUAUUUAAAUAUAUGGCUGGCAAAGUGGUGGCGUGCAUGUCACUGUGUUCUAGUUGUUGCUUGGUUCAUUUUGUCUUUCUUGGUCCUCAUUAAUCCUGAGACCCUUAAAAUGCCUGGUCUGUUUAUGACUUUAUUGUGGUAAUCUUAGAGACAUGAGCCUUCUUACAUUCAAAAACAAAAGAAAAAUAAUGUUCCAAUUGAUGCCAGGCCCACUACCUUCCUUCCUUCCCUUAAUUGUUCUUUUUUUCAUUCAGCUCAGAUCAUCCUGCACUUGAAAAAUGAAGUUUUACAACACUAUCAAAACUAUCAUUAUUUAACAGCAAAGAAGAUCAACUGAAAAAUUCAAGUAGCUUUGUAAAUACUAGUUGGUACCCAGUGAAAUCAGGUCACUAUUUUUAUAAUGCCUGAAAUCUACCCUUAUGAUUUAUGUUUAAUUACUAAAGCCUAUAGCAAUUUUGUGAUUAUAACACUAAUUAACUCUUCCUGACUAUACACCAGUAUUACCAGUGGUCUUUCAGUUUCUCCAUCCUGAUAAAGCUCACUGAAAACUGCACUCCAAUUUUAUGAACUUGGGGAUUCCUUGUUUAAGAGCAAGCUCAAUAUUGAACAUGGAAAAUUAUCUAAAAUGGAAGAAAAUCAUUAGUACACAUCAAGUAGAGAAAUACAUUGUGUUAGCUCUCCUGCAGAUCACUUAACCAUACAAUCACUCUGCAUUAGAAAAUUUCAGCAUUUUUACAGCAAAAAUUGACAUCAUUCAGUUCUGUACACAGCAUAUGGGUAUCCUGAAAAUGAAGUGAUUAUACUUGCACAGAUUGAGGAAGAAUAAAAAAUGAAAAUUUAUCAUUGUCAAUACACUCUUCACCAUGCUUGCCACCCACACUUACUCUGUCCACAUCUGUAUGUAUAUACACUGACUAGGAAACAGCAAGAAAUCGUUUUUUCAUGUUGAGAAGGGAUGCCAUUAGAAGAGGUCCUUAGUUGUGCUGAGUAUUACCAAGUCAAACUAACUGCUCUAAUAGUCUGAUUUUGUGUUUUCAUACAAAAAUGUGGUUGAAGUCCAUUUUCUUUUUCUGUGAGUGCGGAGUAAGAGUAUGAAUCAGUCCAAAAACAUGCAUACGUUUGUUUUAGAAUGCAUUGUAGUGCUCAUAUUCACGCAGGGAAUUAUCACAGAGCAAUGUAAAGGCACCAGGUCCUAAGGAGCUAAGGAUGCCUUCUCAGUCUGACCCCUGCUUUUUCCAUGUUGUAGACAAGCAGAACCAUACGUCAGACAGAUGUGGGCCUUGCGCCAUCUUUAUAAGUUUGAUUUGGGUCUUAACUCUGACUUUUUCUGAGAAUCAAAUAGAAUAAGGGAUGGGGAUGUGAACUCUUUGAAUCUCACUCCUGUUUUAAGAAACUGCCUGGGACAGGUCAGUAGGAAUUGAAAGCAUGAUGGACUCAAAGUGGGAAAAUGUAAGCUUAUGAAAGCACAGAUCUACCAUAUUUGUGCAUCUCCAUAGCACCCAGCAUAAUGCUGUGUACCUGGCAGUUUCUAGAUUAGUGAGCCUAGGAAACCACACAGACACCAGUGUGCUAGUAUGAGAGUCUGCUCCUAUAAUCCUCACCGCAGAGAGGACAUGAUCAUAAUAAUAGUGGCCUUUGGACUUUACCAGAGGAUAGUAGUGCUCUUUAACAAUAAUUGGGUCUAGAAAAAUUCUGAUUUUAUAGUAUUCCAUCAGAUUCUUUUCAUUUGAAGAAGUCUUGAAUAAUGGAUGAUUGGAUUGCAAGGUUACAAAGUAAAUAUAUUUCAGAGAGUUUAGUAAAACGUUUAAAAUCAAAGAAUAGGAAAAUUCAGUCACUUGAUUUUUAUGCUUUGGGUAUGUCAUUGUUUGAAAGUCCACACUCUUCUACUUAACCAUUUUGAUAAGUGCCUUUGAUGUAUGGUGGAGAUGAGCAAAUGUAAAUGUCGUGCGCCCUGUUCUCUUGCUUCUCCGUUCUUCAUAACUAUUCUUACAGUGUUGCAGAAUUCAGAACCUUGUGUUCAUAUCAGAUAUGUAUUUGUAGCCCCUCCAAAAUCAACCGUAAAAUAAACUAUUUCAUAGAAAACAAAA